AUGGCUCGAAACUCGGAAAAGGCCCAGUCUAUGCUCUUCCGCUUCCGCGAAGCGCAAGCAGCAGACCUGGGCAUCAUCGACGCCGGACGAACUCGCCGCCCCAAGGUCAUCACCGAAGUCGACUCAAUCCCAUCGUGCGAGAGAUGGCGUGGCCAAGUGCUCAAGGAGAUUUCGCGCAAGGUCUCGAGGAUCCAGGACCCCGUGCUCAGCGACUACCAGAUCCGCGACAUCAACGAUGAAAUCAACAAGCUGAUGCGGGAGAAGCACAUGUGGGAGGUACAGAUACGGAAUUUAGGCGGGCCGAAUUACAUGAGAGGAGGCGGGAAGAUGUACGACGAGCAAGGCAGAGAAAUACCGGGCGGAGGGAAGGGAUACAAGUAUUACGGACGAGCCCGAGAACUGCCCGGCGUCAAGGAGCUCUUUGAGGCGGCCCAAGCGAAGAAGCAAGAGGACAAACCACUCGAAACCAGCAAAGACUUGAGGAAAAUUGUGGACGCAGCGUACUACGGCUACGCUCCUGGCGAAGAGGACGACGCCCUGCUACAAUACGAGGCAGAGAAAGAAAGGGAGGCGGCGGAGAAUCUCGUCAAGACAGGGCCUCAGGGGGUCCCCGACGGCUGGGAACCAUUACCUGGGGAUAGUGGGGAUGGCCAUGGGUGGGCAUUGCCAACGAUGGAGGAGGUUCAGAUGGAGCUUCUCGAGAGAAGAAGACGGAAGCUUCUUGACCAGCUUUAA